GCGGGAUGCACUUGUGUGCACGCCACCCGGCAGGGCCGGCACACAACCCGCCGACGGCCAACACUACAGCACGUGAUCGUUCACCGACGCGUCGCGUUCAACUUCGAAUUCACUGUCUUCGGCUCAAGUGCAUCUAUCAUCCGUUCCUACUAUCUAGUACCGGCUGAACCUCUACGCUCACAGCUGCUGGCAGCGCAGAUUCUCUACCUCAUACUAUGUCGUCAAGCAGGGAUCCUUGGGGCGGAAAUGACGCGGGCCGUCACUACCUACAGUCUCACGAACGCAGUCGAACUCAGCGAAUCUUGGAGGCCUUGGAUUCCCUAUCACCGCCUAGCCCUUCCUCGUCGGUUGUCGAUAUGGACACUACUUUUCUCUGCAGCUACGGGGAGAUUCCGAUCUUGUUGGACCCAGGCAUCGUUCUUCACCUCGCCGAUGUGACCGGCCCCGAUGACCCAGCCAUAUUGACGUCGUUGUACGCCACUACACAUAUCGAUGCCAACAUAAUCGUGGAUGAUGACCGUGUGCUCGCGGGUGGAUCUGCUGGGAGUCGCAUCGCAGAGGCGAGCUUGGAAGCCAUCUACUGCAUUAACACAGUGCCGAACGGUGGCUACGACCGGGACACUCUCGCGGCUCCAAGCGAGUCGUGUUACUCGCUUUCUCCGUAUGCAGUCUCGCCAUCUACUUACGGGGAGUAUGACAUCGACAGCUCGGUGUUCCCAGCCUCUCUCACUGUCUCGUCUGUCACUACGCCUACCUGGUCUACUGGCGUCUCUCCCACUGGAUCUCCCAGUCUCGGAUCAUUCAAUGUCCUCCCACCAUAUUCCGUUGCUUGUCGGCAAGUCUUGGAAGGAGAGCUCAUUCGAUCUCCUUCACUGUAUGAUCAACCUCGCGAUGUCUUACCUCGAUCAUACUCAACAACGAGCACUGGCGCCUUGCCCAUGUCGCCCUCACCAUCGGGGAUCAUUGACGAUGCCUUGGCUCCGCACACUAGCCACGCCGAGAACAGUCUUCAGAUUCGUCGUCGCCAGAAGUCCAGAAGCUGUUAUCCAUUGGUCCUCCCCGAUAUCAGUAUCAGUCCGCUCAGCCCAGGAACAGUCUUGAGACCCAAGGCACCAAGCUCGGAACCGACAACUCCCUUGCUUCCGGCCUAUAAUCCUCCACCGGGUCUACGCCAGCAUCGUCGCACGGAUUCAAGUGCUACGAGCGCCUCAAACCGUUCCCUACGCUCGGUGCGUUCGGGUCAAAUCUCCAGUCCUCUGGCCUCUCCCGUUGCGAAGCGGAGACUUACUCGGAACUUACCUGGCGUUCUGGACUGGCUGGAAGACACUCGGAUUGAGCUAUGGAUAGAUCAAGAGGGCUCGCACGCCGUCCGGCAGACAUUCAAGUUAGUCGGAUUCACUACAGGGCAAUCCGAGGACCAAGAUACUACUCUCGUCAACGCGCUGACCUACGGUCUCGCCGAGUUUAUGCCUAUGAUGCGCCGGUCUUUCAUCUUCGACGCUGGCAAGGCCGACUUGCCUCCCACCCUACGGCGCGUGACGAUCUUGGAAGAUGACUCGAAGGACUAUAUCUCUUCCCAGGCCACUCUGGCUACCAGCUCGGACGGUGCAUAUACCGUCAACGGCACCGAGUACUUCGAUCUGCAGCGGCACCAAGCCCCUCUGGUAUUACGAUGGCGCUUUGAGUACGGCGUUGACGCAGGACCGCGCGAGACGGAGAGGACCCUCACGCCUCUUCGAUUCUCAUGUUCCCCUGGUCUGUUGCAUCCUAGUCACGGCCGUAAACAGACGAAGUUGCUUCAGUUCUUCAAGCGAAGUUCUUCGAUGAGAUUGUUCGCAGAGAAGAUAGAAGUUCCCAGGCAGUCAUAUGCUGGGACAUCCUUCCAGGAUCGACGGGAUUCCGGCGAUAGGAAAGACGGAUCCGGGAAAGAAAACCAUUAUGGACGCGGGCUCGGGCUUGUUGGAGGGGAGUACGGACCUUCGGCCUCGGAACUACCGGCAGACAGUCAAUGUCAUGGGUCCGUCCGACGUCAACCAAGUAUGAAGUUGAAGCGGUCUCCGCGACUGACUCCAACUAUGCUGAAGCCUACUACGCCGAUGGAAUUGAUGAGCUUGCACGCAGAGUACCUCCGAACACGGGGACACGGACUGUGAUUCACACUACUGCAUGGACCGAGAUUAUUCUUUCAUAUUAGAUAUGUAACAUCCUCCACAAUGAGUAUCUAUCGUUCAACGUGAUGAGCAGCAGGAACAACGCCCGAACGAGCCACAUUGACUGGAUCGACAGUAG